GAUGGGUCCGCUACGAUGUGAAGGGUCGAACCUUGUACUGGAACCCGAAGAAGAUGAAGAUGGAGACGCGAGCUCCUGUGGGCACAGGGGAGGAGAAGGAGCGGGAGCCUCCGGCGCCGAGGGAUCCACCCGUGAGGCUGCUGGACAUCGGCAGCAACACCAACAGCUUUCUCGAAUGGCCCUUCUACGUGACGCCUUAUGCCCUCGACCUGCAGCCGAAUCCGGUCGCGGAAGGCGUCUUUCAGGCCGACUUCUUUGAUGUGCCCAUCGUCGAGGCGCCGGAUGCCAGUGAGCCCUUGAUCCUGGACGACGAGGGGAAGCUGAAGGGAAUUGUGGCUGGGUCUAUGGACGUGGUCGUGAUUUGCUUGGUGCUGUCCUGCUUGCCAACGCCCGAGAAGCGCAUCGAGAUGGUGGCAAAGGCACGGAAGUGCCUACGCGAGGAUCGCGGCCUGCUCAUUGUAGUGGAGGGCGCAGCAGCUAUCGUCGAGGCCAGCUGGCACCAGCAGGACGAAGCCGCGGUGUGGUCUAAAGCCAUGGAGAGCGCCGGCUUCAAGGCGCUGAUGUUCAACGACUACGUGCGGGAAGGCCGUCGGAAGAAACGUACAUUGCAGUGGAUUCUCGAGACGGCACCGUUGACAGAUGGUGAGCUGAAGCCCCUGCGCAUCGCCAAAGAGAUGGAGUACUGA